AUGUCCGAUCAAGAUAUUCAGAGGACAGCGUCGCCUGGAGGGUCGCUAGAUUUCGAUAUCCCGAUCCCCGUGCAUAGGAGGGAUACCAUUCAUUUGACUCCAUACUCAACACCCCUCCCAUACGUCAGUGAUGAUGAUGAUGCUCAAGCUGGACGAAGAGGACGUUCGCCAACUCGAUCCCGUGUUAAAGAAGAUAGUCGUUCACCAUCUAUGCAAUCUCUGCUUCCUGUUUACUCAAUUCGAGAGGGGCGAAGGACACUGUUGCUCGUCUACAUCCACGGCUUUGUAGGAUCGGAUACCAGCUUCAAAAAAUUCCCAGCGCAUGUUCAUAAUCUGCUCACUGUUAUGCUGUCUGAAUCGCACGUUGUUCAUUCCAAAAUUUAUCCCCGAUACAAGACAAGGAAAGCGAUCGAAUUUGUUAGGGAUGAUUUUAGUUAUUGGUUAACACCUCAUGAAUCCCCUAAUACAGACAUAGUGUUGGUUGGACACAGCUUGGGUGGAAUUCUUGCAGCAGAGAUUGCCCUCCUGGGGCCGUCUGAUCCACAGGUCCUGGAAAUGUUUAGGCAUCGCAUAAUGGGGACUAUCAACUUGGACGUCCCAUUCCUAGGCCUCCAUCAUGGUGUCGUUGCCAGCGGCAUCGGGAGUUUGUUUAGACCCAAAGACAAGAAGAAGAAGAAGAACGACCCACAGAACCAGCCUUUUCCCGUUGACUCCUCCAUCAUGGCGCCCUACAUUUCUUCCGCUCAUGAUCCUAACUUCGACCCGAUGUUCCCAAAUGACAUCCGACUUACAGAGCGAUCACAACUUGAUGGAGCCUUGAAUUUUAUAUUCAAAAAUUCCAACCAGCUUGUGGAUGCGACUAGGAAAUAUAUUUCCUCGCAUGUGGAGUUUGGCUUGUGUAUCGCCGACUACCCUGGUCUCAAGCGACGAUACAGGCGCCUGAGAGAAUUAGAAGACAUUGACGGGUGCAACCCAAAGCUGGAUGGCAGCGGCCGGCCAUUUCGCCGUAUUAGAUUUGUUAACUAUUAUACCGCUGCCACAGGAAAAAUUAAAUCGCCCGCUAGUGAAAAUAACAAUGACAGUGUAACUAAUGCAAGCGGGCUGGAAGGCAGGUCGAUGGCUCCGGGGUCGAUAUCCUCCCCUGAGCCUGGCCACGUUAGAUCAUUAUCCGUCGAUCCUCGAAGACCAACGGAGGAAAAGACUGGAGAUUCACUGGGCUUCUCGCAAGGAAGAAAUGAAGGAGAAGGCAGCCCAGAAACUCCACAAUUAGUAAUAGAACAAGCUCACAGCCCGCCAGAAAAUACCAAUACGGCCCCAGUGGAAGAUACAUAUCCUGACUUCCCGCCUCCGCCAAACCAGCCGCCAGAGUUCGACCCUUCUCUGUACGGUUCAAAGGCACUCUUAAAGGAAGCGCAGAAAGACCACUCUCGCCAAAUGAAAACGUAUGAAAAGGCAGUGAAAGAAAGGGAAAAGAAAAUGAAAGCUCACAAAAAACUCACCAGCAAGCAGGAGCGAGCUGCGGAAAAGGAACAGUUGCAGAGAAAUAAAGAGAUCUUAUUUCCCACAUCCUCUCCAACCAACCAUAACUACAACUACAACUCAUCUCCAACGAGCGGAGCCUUACCAAACGGUAUCAAAGAGGUUGAGUCAGCCUGCAACACGCCUGAUAUCAAUCCAAGCACUCCUUCCAAACCCAAGAAAGACCGGAAAUUCUGUGCACUCCCUCCAAGGGAAGCAGAUGGUGAGCGGGAUCCAUUGUGGGUGCGGGUUUAUAUGGAAGGAGUAGACGAAGUUACCGCUCACCAGUCCCUGUUCGUUUCUCGAAACGCGGCAUAUGAUCGGCUAGUGGGAGAUGUAGCUGCUCGCAUCGAGGGAUGGGUACAAGAUGAUUUGACGACGCAAGUGCUCAAGAAUGCUUCGGAAGAAAAAUAA